AUGGGAGGGAAUAAUGCACAGGAGCAGUCCGUACUCAGCUCUCAGGGGAGCUACACUGCAACCGACCUGUCACGCAGGACAGAUCACACCAGCUUUUCUAUUCCCGAAGAUGGUCGUCCAAUUACUAUUCAAACGAACCGAAGAAGAAAAAAGGAUGCUGAUGCAAGCACCACUUUGAGCGGAACCAACACUUCGCUGCUGAUAGAGUAUUUCGAAAAUGGCAAGCCGAAUGGCGGAUCCCCCAACCGUCGUCCGAGCGUUCGGGUCAAAGUAACCCCAUCGGCUCAAAGGCGCCACCAAGUUAAAUCUUCUUCUGACGGGAAUGGUCUACAUAUCUCGGACGCUGGCACCAGUCCUCGAAGACCAUCACAUACCCAAAGAAUAUCGCUGUCGCCGCACGUCGGAGAGGACAGAUUAGUUAUGGGUGAUAACCGGUCAACUUCUGGAGACCAUUCAUCGAUCACAUCGUAUAAUUCUGCCGAUCAACCAUACGUUAGCAUCACUCGAGAAGCGGCUAGCCCUGAAUCUGUCAAUAGCUCUCCUAGGGACAAAAGUGAAUCUUACAAUCGUCGUGCCGCUCGACGGAAUAGGUCUGCGUCAAGGAGCAAACAACCCGAAGGCUACUUUGAGAAAGAUUCAAUUAAGUCGCAGAAAGGAGCAAGGAGUAGAAGUGUGAGUAGGGAGUACGAUAUCCAAGAAGAAGCUGGGCUUAAAGCACCGAAAUUGGGCCGCAGGAGGAGCAGAAGCCUUAGUCGGGAACGCAUAUCGAAUCGGGAAUCAAUAGCUCUAAGCCAACACGAGAAGCAAUCAAUCGAGCAGAGUGUGAUGGAAGGAUUUGAAAAGUUGGGCAAAGGACGUAAUGCUAAAUCACGAAAAGGAUCGCAAAGCCGGGGUGGGAGCACCAUGGCUGGUGACUACCUAACGGCGCCUCGUGCUAGAAGCCGUAGCCGGAGUCGUGAUCGAGAAGUUGAUGACAUCACAGCUGAGAAAAACCGACAACGCCGUAAAGCGUCUCAAAUGGAGGAGUCCCAAUUGCAAAGAACCGCUUCAAUCAAUAACCCGGCGCUUCUCGAUCUUGUAGAAGAUGCCAUAAAACGACUCAUCCUCCCACAACUCAAUGAAAUCAAGACCAAUAAUAAUCAAACGAAGCUCUCAAAGUUCGACCCAACCGUUGCAUCGGCCCUGCUUGAACGCCAGGCCGAUGAGAACAACCGAGAGUCCGAAAUGUCGUAUCCUAAAGCGCCAGGCCUUGGACUUGGCCCUCCUCAUUCCCCGAUUCUGUCCGAGGCCGGAGAGGGAGUAUCGCUUGUGGGCGCGAUUCCUAACGGCGAGAGACUUGAGAUGCCAGAUGGACCAAAUAGGCUAGAUACUCCCGAGACAUACGCAGAGACCAGGGCAUCUAUUCUCUCAGCAAGAUCAGGCCUCCCAUAUCCAAAAGAGAACGGGAUGACUACUGGGCAUACACCUCCGCCACCAGAUUCAGAGUUUCCGGUGUUCAGUGAGCUGAAUUUACCGCACCGAGCAUCGAGAAGCAACCUAUCGGAGCGCGAUGGCACUGAUGUUUCCUCCGGACGUAGCGGAGAAGGUGAGCGAGCGCUAUCGAUUGCCUCUCUCAGUUCAACACAGAGCACCAAGUUGGCGAAGCAGCGAAGGGGUCAGUACAAAGGCAAAGGAAAAGAGAACGCGGACAUGUCAAACAUUCACGAAAACGAGUACUGGAACGGAGAUGUUUCCAAGAGGAAUGGUGCAGUAGAUGCAUACUUCGCAAAAGUACGGGAGGAAGCGCAGGAGAAUGCGCUCAUGGAUGCUAGAAUUCAGGACAUGGAGAAAGACGGCCAGCGAGUUUUCAUGUUGGGGGGCAACCCCUCAAUGAGAUCCACACCGGUUGUCCCACAUUCUCACCAAGCGUCUGUACUCGAUGCCCCAUCCAACUAUGGUAUGUCCGACGUGUCUUAUAGAACAGGCUCGGCCCCUGCACUGGGUCCAAGUGCUUUACCUAGGGCUGGUGAUAAUGUGCCAGAGACCCAUAUGAAUCUGGGAGAGGACGACGAAGAGAUCAAUACCAAUCCCUCUAUAAUCCAGGGACCCAUUGGUCAUGGACCAGAUGAUUGGAAAUUCAACCCUGCCAAUGAUCAUCAAUACAAUGAUGAAGAAUCCAACGGAAUGCCGCCAUCUCUCCGGUCACUGUCACCAGCGAUUCAGACAAAAGAUGAAGGUUAUAUUUCUGCUGCUAACCCUGGUAUGCAAUCACCAGGUCCUAUGACGCCUAUUCAGCAAAUGGGGAGUCCAUCCAUGGGCAUGGGAGCUAUCCGUGGUAUCGGUCUCGAAGAUGAUGAUUAUUAUGGUGGACACAGAAGAAUGGGUAGUGGCAAUUCCCAUGGCAUGCCAUCACCAUUAUAUGACAGUGCAACUGGAAGAGGGGUUGAUAGGAUUCAGUCAAAAGAUAUUGUUGCACUAAUGGAUCACCUUACUGUCCGUGACGCUCAGCGUAAUGCUCGAGACACCGAGAUUCUAGUUACGUUGGUACGGAGUGCUGCGGAAAUGAGGAACUCAUUCGAGGAUAUGAAGAAGCAACUUGAGAGUCAGCAAAGGACUAUUGUUGACGAAGUAGGAAUAAAUACCGAGAGAAGCGUGCAGAAGGUUAUACAGGGUCCCCGACCAUUGCCACCUUCGGCCCCUCGUGUCCCUAGAUAUAGACCUGAGGAAGAGGACGAUGAGGGUCCGGCGAAGAAACGCAAUGUUUUCAGAAGAGCGCUCAAGGGACUGAGUAUGAAGAGCUCUAACGAUCUUCAAAGAAUAGAAGAGAUGCUUUGCACCUUGUUGACUGAAGUCGAGGGUUUGAAGGGUGGCCAAGAGUUUUAUCAGCAAAGUUUGGGACAAAGUCAAAGUUUGGGUGCAAAUUCAGGCUAUUAUAGCGGCGUUCCUAGCCAGCCCAGCGCCAGCAACAGGAUUUAUCAAGAUGAGCGACCGCGGCAGUCAAACCGGAUCACGCCUAUUGAAGAAGACGCUGUACUCCGAACUCCGCCACGCGAGGCCCCGCAAGAAGCCCCCCGUGAGGUUAGAGGUGGCUCAUUACCUCUUAAUACGCCUCCCGAGACAAGGGCGCCUCCGGCUGUUUUCAGUAACGAUAAUACCCCAACAAAGUCGGCGGAAAAAAAAACUACGACUUCCACCGCCGUCAGAGGGUUUCUGAAAAAAGGAAAGAACCACGCAGCCGGUGAGGCUUCAGACGGUUCCCGAUCAGAUAUCAACUUUUGGGAGCCCCCUGUUAAGAGCACCCAGGCCGAGCCUCUUUCACCAUACUCGGAAGGGCAGCAAACGGAGAAAGCCAUGUCACCCGUUCCCCCUUCUUCAAGGGGCACAGAUGCUCCAAUCAACCACUCCAACCGCAGAUCCUUGGAAGUGCAUGCUCCACAACCCCGGAUGCCCUACAAUCACCAACUUGAGGCGCAAGCUCAGCAGCUUAUGGCUUCAGGAAUCGUCCCUAAUUCUCCGAAUGCUAAUGCGUCGGUAUCAAGUUUGGGAACAUUCCCACCUCUAGGUCCUGGAGGGUUUUCCGAUGGAAAGCUAAUGUCUCCUUUAGCGCAGGAUGCUUACAAUCAACAUCUACAACAGCAGGGGCUACUAAUAAAAACCCCCAUGAAUGGUGGACCACCACGGCCACCAAAAGAGCCAGUCACUCCCGCUGCUACUGUCGAGGAUAGCGAAUACCCAUCAUCAGAAAAGAGAAAAUCUAGACACAGGGAUGAAAAUGGCGAAAAGAUUAGGAAACCCAAGAAGGAGAGGACUGAGGAAGAAAAACAGAGGCGUAAGGAAAGAAAGGAGAGAAAAGAACGCGAGAGAGAGGCAGGCGCUUCCUCAUCUGCCUCAAGGAAGAAGUCUCGUGAUUUGCUAUCACCCGAGCAAGAAGGAGGACUCGGAUCACCAUUUUCAGCACGUUCUCCAUCAACAGCAUCUAGGUUGCAAGGACCUCGACCAUUGUCAAGUAACAGCAACAAAGAGAACGCCAGAAGACACAGGCAUCAAUCCUCCCAAGAUACCUUUGGCAACACCCAAGAAUAUGAAACUUACGGUGGCAAUUAUCGAUGA